GCCAUAACACUCAUCAUAACCAGCUGGGCUGAGGGAUAAGCUCAUGCGUCUGCUCUAACCCUCUUCUCUUCAACCCGCAAUGCCAAUGAGUAUUGACAGAAACGAUGCAAAGGCGAAGAACCCGUUUAUCUUUGACGACGAUGAUGACGACGACGGCGGGUGGCAGGACAUGCCUAUCGUAAAGGAGGACGAGUUCGCCGGGGGGCUGGACGAGGAAGACCAGAAGAAGUACCGCUACGCUCCUACUUCUGCCAGAAAAGGGCCCGGCGGUGCGGGAAAUGCGACGGGAGAUUUGCUCGACUUCGACGACGAGGGCCGGGAAUGGCGGGCAAAGGCUGAAGUAGGCGAGGGCGAGGAGAGCUCUUAUACAAGGCUCAGGGUCAAGGAAGACGACGAUGAUGCGGACGACGUUCACCUCCGCACGAAGUAUCUCUUCGACGAGGACAAGGCGAUGACGCCUCUCAGCCAGAUGCAGGCCACCAAAGACAUGCUCACCGAGGCGCAGCGCAUCGCCUACGUCGGCCUCUGCGCUCUAACCAGCAAGGAGAUGGUCGCCUGCGUCCAGAAGGUCAAUCUACCGCAGUCAAAACGCAAGGACGUUGUGCACAACACGGAGCUUUGGAUGAUGAAGAUUAUGGGUCGUCUGUACUACCACAUGGAGCUCGAGACUGCAGAGCAGAAGAUGAUUGAGAGUCUUGCCAUGCACGGCGUCAUAGCCGAGGACCUUGUCCCAUCCCUCAUGACGACGCACACCGUCGCCAACCCCGAGUACGAUCCAGAGGAGGCCCGCAGACGAGCGCAAGAGCCCACCCCUGAACCCGCACCCCCCUAUCAGCCUGAACCUCCCGCAACACCUACAACUCCCCGAACCGCCACAGGCCCUACCACACCAGCACCCUACCAAACCACUGCCCGCGUCCUUGACCCCACAUCCGUCGAGCCCUUGCCCGGCGUCUCAACUACGCUCUCGUCCGUCGACAAAGACGUCACGCUCGACGUGCGGUGGACGAUCCUGUGCGACCUCUUCCUCAUCCUCAUCGCCGACAGCGUGUACGACGCACGCUCGCGCGUCCUGCUCGAGGCCGUCGCGCUCAAGCUCGGCCUCGGCUGGCUCGACGUCGUCAAGUUCGAGGCGCGCGUCACGGAGGCGCUCGAGAUCCAGGAGGGCGUCGAGAAGAUGGAGAACAAGGAGAUCAUCGACGGGAGCAUGAAGUCGCUGCGCAAGCGGCGGUAUAUGAUGAUGGGUCUCGCCACGCUUGGCGGCGGUAUCGUCAUUGGUCUCUCGGCGGGUCUGCUUGCCCCUGUCAUUGGUGCCGGCUUAGGCGCUGCUCUCACCACCUUCGGUAUCUCGGGUACGACUGCCUUCCUCGCCAGCACAGGAGGCGCCGCGGUGAUCACGACUGGUGGUGUCCUCACUGGCUCUGGUAUUGCGGCACGCGGUAUGGCCCGACGAACACAACAAGUGCGGACGUUCGAGGUAUUACCCUUGCACAACAACAAACGCGUGAGCUGUAUCCUCACCGUCCCAGGGUUUAUGAGCGGCAAGCUUGACGAUCCACGGUUGCCGUUCAGCGUGCUCGACCCGAUCGUGGGCGACGUGUUCAGCGUGCUAUGGGAGCCCGAGAUGAUCCGGGAGACGGGAAGCGCGCUCAAGAUUAUGACGAGCGAGAUCCUUACUCAGCUGGGCCAGACGCUCCUCCAGCAGACGGUCAUGACGGCGCUGAUGGGUGCGCUCCAGUGGCCUAUCAUUUUGACGAAGCUUGGAUACCUUAUCGACAACCCCUGGUCCAACGCGCUCGAUCGCGCCCGAGGUGCAGGCGCCGUCCUCGCUCAGCUCCUCCUCCACCGACACCUCGGCGUGCGCCCCAUCACGCUCAUCGGCUUCUCGCUCGGCGCACGCGUCAUCUUCUACGCCCUACUCGAGCUCGCCAAGGCCAAAGCGUGGGGCAUCGUGCAGGACGUUUUCCUCCUCGGGAGCACCAUCGCGCCCUCGCCCGCGGAGUGGAACGACGCGCGGGCGGUCGUCGCGGGCCGGUUCGUGAACGCGUACGCGGCUAACGACUGGGUUCUGAACUACCUCUACCGCGCGGCGGGCGCGGCGCUCAAGCGCGUGGCGGGGUUGAGGCCGGUGGAGGGGAUCGCUGGGCUGGAGAAUGUGGACGUGACUGAUAAGGUGGCGGGGCACAUGAGUUACCGGACAUUUAUGCCGCUUAUUUUGGAUCAACUGGGGUUCCCGGUGUCGGCGGAUUUCUUUGACGAACCUGUGGAACCUGAUUUUGAAGAAGCCCGGGUCGUCAUUCGCGACGAGGAUUUGGCGUCGCAGAAGAAAUCGUGGUUUUCUCGCGGAAACAAGAAGAAACAGCCAGUUUCUCGCGGCAGCGUCGCCAAUAUGCGCCCUCCCGCUGGGGUCUCUGGCUCCACGAGCUUCUCUCGGAAGAGCUCCAUGCAGAGCGAGAAAACCGGCGCAGCAGGCGACGACGAGCUGCCUCCGCGCGAAUCAUCAAGCUCUGCGGGGACCCCUGGGCCGUCGAGGCCAUCAACACCAGGUACUCCCGGCUCGGCUAAUGCGAAGGAAAAGGAGAAACCCUCAGAUGCUCAGGACAAGAAUGGAAAGGACCCGAAGGACGCGAUCCCGCUGCACGCAGGGUUUGAUUUUGCCGCGAUGCACGCGCUUGUGGGCGAGGCUGCGCCCGAAGAGCUGCAAGUUCGCCCUGAUACUAUCUCUAUUCCACCGCCACCCCCGUACACGCCCAGUGGCUUUGCGUCCUCUCACACUGGUGAUUCGAAGACAGAGACAGAAGAGGAAGAUGAGGGUGACGCAGGGCUCAGCGCAGCCUUCGGGCGUGGCGUCUCGCUACAGCACGAGGCUGACUACGCCCCCUCAUUCUCCCCAUUCGGACCCUCGAGCGCCACCACCCACUCGCUCUCUUCACCACACCCACACAUCUCGUCUCCGUCCUCCCCCGUUUCCUCCACCUCCACGCAUGCAUACACCUCCGCAGGCGUACCGCCGGCUUCUCACUCCGGCACCCGUUCCCCGUCCUCGGUUCCGCCAGGCGCCUCUCUGAGUUCUCCCGCCUUCGACUCCACACCUUCUUCGCCCUUCGCCGGCCGAUCGAGCUCCUUCGCGAGCCACGAUCCGGAGCCCCCCGCGCUGUCCUUCGGCGCGGCAGACGGCUCGGUGUGGAGUCCUCCGCCGUUCGAUCCGGGCGUGGGCACAGGGUUCGGAGGCUUUGGGUCUGCUGCCGGAACGUCGAUACCGUCGUCUUCGGCCGAUCCUCUGGGCUUUGGAGGAAGCAGAGGGUUUGGGCCGAAUCUGAGCACGACGAGUGUAGGCGGUGGGUUCGGCGCGGGUUUGGGUCGGCCACCGGACUCGGAGGAGCCUUCGUUGUCGUUUGGCGGUGCGGAUGGGAGUAUCACGCCUGGUGCUGGCGACCCGUGGCGGUCUAAGCCGGAGAAGAAGGGGAGUGCAGCGCCGAGCUGGAUGAAUAAUCCGUGGUCGAACUGAGUCCUUGCGAGUUUGCGUGGUUGAUAGUGUAGGUGUGACAGUGGCGCGGGCUAUACGGUGGGUUUCUUGGAUGACUAUGGUACUCGGCAUGCACUCGGUUUUUCGUCCCUAAGCUGAGAUACCAAACUGUAUAUGUUCUGUACAACAGUGUAUGUACAGGUCUUGGCUUUAAAUUUAUAAUGCAAAACCGGC